UUUAAAUUUACUAAAUGGGGUUUCUCUGUUGGUUACCUCCAAGCAAGUUUAAUCUUUUCUGAACAAAUAUAUUUUGCAAGAUGAACAAAGAAUCUCUCGAUUUCUGAGAGGGGAAGCUAAAAGAAAAGGAGCAGACAAUUCAGAGAUUGCAGAAGGAACUCAGUCAGAAAAAACAAGAGGUUAAUAGAUUGAAGGACCAGAGUGAGAGAGACAGGAAGGAAACCAAGAAUUUGACACAAAAGUUGUUGCUUGAAAAGAACAAAAAUAAGUUUGCUUCAGAGAUCUUGAAGAAUAAAACACAGAUGGAGAAAGACUUCAAGCAAAAGAAGAGAGAGAUGAAGAAAGAGAUGAAGAAAGAGAUGGAAAAGGAGCUCAAGAUUAGAAUGGAUCAGAUUCAAAAGAUGCAUGAUUGCUGAUUGGGACAGAAGGAAGAAACAGCUAAGAGUGAACUCAAUAAGAAAAGAAAAUAUAUGGUAUCCAAGAACACGAGAAGCAAGAGACAAUGCUGUGACACUGAAGUUUCCCAUAAAGCGAACUCAGCUUUAAAAACAGGAGGCUCUAAGCCCUCUAAAUUAUCUGAUUAAAACAAGUCAGAUUAAAUACUGGCAAAUUAGAUGGAUGGAAUUAAAUUUCAGAAAAAGUUCCAAAAUAUCCUAUUUUGUGAGCAAGGUGGAAAUUUAUCCAAUCUAGGGCUCCCUGAGCUGACUCCUCGCUCUAUGUCACCACUUAAGCCCUAAACCCCUUAUCCAUCUUUUC